CAUAUCCCGCAAAUCAAUGUCGGUUAAAAUUGAAAACAAAAUUGCAUUUUCCUGCUUAUUGUGUGUUUUUUGCUAUUUUCCCUGCAUUUUGUGCACAAAUUUCACUUGAGAGAUUCGACGGAAACUGAAAAUGAAUAGGAAACCCUUGGUGAGUGGCAAGGAGAACACCCUCAAUGCUGGAAAUGCCCUCGCAAAUCCCAGCCAAGCCAAACAUGGUGCAACGGAAAAGCACCCCCAAGUCCCAACGAUUGUGAUUUCCUCAAGUGGAGAGGCUACUGGUGGGCAGAAAGAGCCAUCUGGGAAUACAGGUGCGGGAUGGAGUGCAAAGACUGAGCCACAGACGUCAUCCGGAUCAUCUGCGAGCGAUAAAAUGGAAAAGACUGAUCGCCGUGAUAUCGAAUCCAAAGCCUCGACGAAUGGAUCUGUGGGGACUGAGAAGCCCAAGACGGUGUGGUCGCUGAGUAAUUUUGACAUUGGGCGCCUUCUGGGACGUGGGAAAUUCGGGAAUGUUUACAUUGCGCGGGAGAAGGAGACAAAGUACGUGGUUGCCCUGAAGGUGUUGUUCAAGAAGCAAAUUCAGGAUUCAGGUGUGGAGCAUCAAGUUCGUCGUGAGAUUGAGAUUCAAUCCCACCUGAGGCAUAGCAAUAUUCUACGGAUGUAUGGCUACUUUCACGAUGAUGCUCGCAUCUACUUGAUCCUGGAAUAUGCACCGAAGGGGACACUCUUUGCUGCUCAGAAGGCACAACCCAAUAAACGCUUCGAUGAGCCCCAGACAGCUGUCUACAUCAAAUCCCUCGCAUCAGCUCUCAUCUACCUUCACGAGAAGAAUGUCAUUCAUCGCGAUAUAAAGCCCGAGAAUCUCCUGCUUGGCUACAAAGGGGAACUCAAGAUUGCUGACUUUGGGUGGUCAGUGCACGAGAUGAAUUCCAUGAGGACCACACUGUGUGGCACACUGGAUUACCUACCGCCGGAAAUGAUUCAGGGAAAGCCGCAUACAAAGACAGUGGAUCUGUGGAAUCUCGGAGUGCUCUGCUAUGAACUCCUCUGCGGGGAAGCUCCCUUUAUGGCGGAAGGGUAUGCAGAUACAUACAGAAAAAUCUCUCGUCUCGACUACAAAGUCCCACCGUAUGUCUCCAAGCCGGCUGCUCACUUAAUGUCCCAACUACUCGUUCUCAAUCCCGAUGGAAGGCUCCCCUUGGCCCAAGUGAUGACUCAUCCCUGGAUUGAGCUUCAUACUGUCCAAUAGUUGUGAGAGAUUCUUUUUGUACAACAGUAAUUAUAUACAAUUUUUCUUUUUUA